ACCACGCCCCGGGUACCGCCCCGCCUCGCGGGCCCGACCCCAUGGAGAACAGACAGCCAGACCGGAUCAUGUGACGGCGAUAGUUACUAAACGACAAAAACCAGAGACACACACACGCAGAGAGACACACCGCGCGCGAGAGAGAGAGAGAGAGAGAGAGAGAGAGAGAGAGAGAGAGAGAGAGAGAGAGAGAGAGAGAGACACAGACAGGGAGUUUCGUAACUACGGGAAGUUUUGUGGAGCGAUCGAUCAAGUGGACUCUUCUUGUUUUGCUCCUCUGAGUCUGAUGUCAGUGACACCGCGCAGCGCCGAUCUUCGCUUGCGUCACUUUUUCACCGGAGUUGCCUUUUUUGUGAGUUUCUCUCACCGAGACGUCCGUCACGCGAGCCCGUAGAGGAACUAUCGUCUCUCCUGGAAAUAGACGCACCGUCCGAGCUGAGCCUGGCCUGGGCAGCCAUGCUGAUGUAUGACUACCCUCUGAAGACAGACAUGGAGACGUCAUUCUACUCUUCGUUAGUGAAAAACACGGAGCAGUACGGAGUGAUCUUCUCCCACCCCGCCUACAUCUACCAUCCCGCGCACAUGCCCGCCUUCGCCCAGCCCCACACGCCCAGCAACGCCACGCACACCCAGCUGGAGCCCGUGGACCUGUCUGUCAGCAAGCGCUCCUCCUCCUCCUCCUCCUCCCCACCCUGCUCCUCUGCCUCCUCCUCCCCGGCCUCCUCACGCAGCUCCCCACCCUCCCCCUACAGCGCGGCAAGCCGCGCCUCCCCCCGCUGCUCCACCCCGCACGCCCAGCUGCGCUCCUCGCCGCCCACGCCCUCACUCCCCUACCAUAGUGCCAUGGUGACCCCACUGCUCAGCUCGGGAAAUGGGGUCAUCCAGGGGUCGAGUGUCAUGAUGUCUCCGGUCUUGGCGCCCCUGUCUGUCCUAUACCCCUCACCUCUCCACCUGCACCAGUCGAUCAUGGUGAGCCCACCAGUCGCCAGCGACGACGACCAUCAUCAUCGGAGCAGGGAGCACAAGACAGGUCACUGCGGCGACUCCCACGACCGGCACAAGCCAAUCAAGACGGAGCCCCGCUCUGACCUCGCUCACGACCUCCACGGCGGCCGCGAGAUGAAAUCGUCAGUCGUCAGGAUCCAGCAUGAGUACGGGUGCAACAACCCGUCCGUCAUCGUUCAUUCGGGCGCUAAGCAUCCUCCCCCGGCAGAGUCUCCGGACACGCUGAAAAAGCGCAGGAUCCACCGCUGCGACUUCAACGGCUGCAACAAAGUGUACACCAAGAGCUCCCACCUCAAAGCGCACCGCAGGACACACACCGGCGAGAAGCCCUACAAGUGCUUGUGGGAAGGCUGCACGUGGAAGUUCGCCCGUUCGGACGAGCUGACGAGGCACUUCCGGAAGCACACGGGGGUCAAGCCGUUCCAGUGCCCCGACUGCGAACGCAGCUUCUCCCGCUCCGACCACCUGGCUCUGCACAAGAAGCGCCACCUGCUGGUGUGAAAAGCCCUCCGAGGACCGCGGGGGCGGCUGGAGGAGGAAACCCGGUGCUGUUUUUUUUGACGUUGGACUGUACCACUUUGACUUGAGGGGCGGGGCGUUUAAAAAAAAAAAAAAAAAAAGAGUUGGCCCUACACGUUGGGCUCCGGCGGGGUGCAGGUUUAGACCCUUUCGCCUCAUUGGUCCCCGAAAGUUAGCCGGCGUCAGCCUGUUUAUCACGUAGCCGCCACGCACCAUCCUGCAGAUAUAUAAUCAGCUCGGGUUGACUUUAACAUUGACAAAUUAAAAAAUGAUCAGCUGUGGAAGGCCCAGACACUUUAAAAGAAAAAGAAAAAGAAAAAGAGACCUCUGCACCUCAGCUGGCCUGAGAGGCAGCGCCCUCUUGUGGCCGCAGAACCAAACAGCACCAACACCCGCUCUGUUUCAGCCACACACAGCACGCUCAAGCUUCUUCAUUACAUCAGCUCUCCUUUCUCUGCAUGCAGUCAAGUAAAGAGUGUUGACUUAAACACACACAAACACACACACACACACGUUAUUUUCUAGCUAGGCCAAUAUAAUGUGAAACUCCAGAAUGUAUCAUAUCUCACCUACUUUGGAUCAUGUCAGACAUACUUUAGCUUUCUUGCACAUCUCCCUGUGACGUAACGCUAACUCCUCCUUCGUGGAUCCAAACUCCACCCCCACCUCAUCUGCCUUUGAAAGCUUAAAUCAUGAAGUGACUAACAAAUCAACAACAACAAAACAGGUAGCCAUUGCUUGCUUUCUCUUUGUACAUGCACAUGUUUACGGCACACGCACGCACACACACACACACAAUGCACACACGUACAUAUGUCUGGUGUUUUAUUUUUUUAAUGAAAAGUGGGCCUCUGGGUCUCGUUCCUUGUCGGAGUGAAGUGUUUUUUUAUGUUUUCAUUCAGAAAUGUGAAUGUUGCUGCACCGGGGCAUUAUUGUGUGAGCGAGGAAAAGACACCACUUGGUUGGUUGAUGGGUAGAAGCAAUGAUAUGUAUUAUAUCAAGUUUAUGUAUCUAUAUGUACUAUUGUGACACAAUGGUAGCCUUCUUUUUUUUAAUAACACGUUUAUACGGGAAAAAUACAAUGAGCAAAGCAGGGAAAUUUGCUCUUUGGUUUUUCAGGAGCAGAUGAGGUCCAUUCCAGCCAGCCACACGGGAUGUAUGUAAUAAAAGUAUAAUAUUGUUGAGUUCAACCGUUUUCUUCAGAGGAGGUCAUAAGAUAUAUUCUCCUACUACACCGUCACAUUUUUAGAGCACAACAUUUACAGCACAACAAGAAAUGGAGUCUUUGUGUGUGUGUGUGUAUAUAUAUAUAUAUAUAUAUAUAUAUAUAUAUAUAUUUAUGUAUAUAUAUAUAUGUAUAUAUAUAUGUAUGUGUGUGUGUGUGUAUAUAUAUAUAUAUAUAUAUAUAUAAAUAUUUCCAAAAGCAAACAUUUUCUCCUCAUAUCUAAUCCGUUUUUCUAUUCACCUGCUGGUCAGUUUGAUCAGAAACAUUAAACUUUAAAGUCUUGAUUUGUCUUUUCCUAAUCAUGUAAUACCAGAAGAAGGUGUGAUCCUUUUUUUUUUACACACAUGUAUAUCCCACACACACACACACCGAAUGUAGCGGCUAUACUGAUCUGCAUUUUGCCUGUUUUUUGUAUUUCUGCAAAUAUAAGUUCUAAUAUAUAUGUAUAUAUAUAUAUAUAUAUAUAUAUAUACAUAUAUAUAUUGUAUAAUUGAUUAUUAGACUGAAAGGGCAAUUAAAGGUUUUUAUUAAGCAUGAUUUUGAUACUCUCAUAAUAAUGGAUAUUAUACAUUUUCUAUAAUGUUCUGUAAUAAACCCCAUCUCUUUAAUCUAAACGUUGGCAAUUCAAAGGGAACAUGUUAAACUGUGAACAUAUAACUGUACAGGUCUAUCUGAAAUUGUUGCAUAUAUUUUAAGAAAGAAUAUUCAUACCACUUAAUAAACUUAUUGAUAAUAUUUGCA